AUGGCUGCAUCAGCGCUGAACGAGGAGCGGGAGCUUGCCAUCAACCCAAUCGUUGCAAGCAGCGUACAGCACAAUACCCAGGUCAUCUCCAACAUACGAAGUCUGACCGCAUCGCUCUUCGGCGUCGCCGCUGGCACACUAGGCCUCGAAUCCUACGCUGGCUUCAUUUUCUACCUACUCGCAUCGCUAGUCGUCUCGGCGCUGCUGUUUGCGCUGAAGACGGAGGGCAAGCCUAGCGCAUACUUUUACAGUCCGCUGGUGCUUGAGGCACGCUUAGAACAGGCAAACACCUUGAAGAAGGUUGUCGAUGCUAUCAAGGACCUUGUCCAAGACUGCAACUUCGACUGCAAUGACAUGGGCAUUGCGCUCCAAGCCAUGGACAACUCGCACGUCGCCCUCGUGUCCAUGAUGCUCAAGUCGGACGCCUUCUCGCCCUUCCGCUGCGAUCGUAACAUUGCCCUUGGUAUCAACCUGGGCUCGCUCACAAAGGUGCUCCGUGCUGCUGGAAACGAAGACAUCCUCACCAUCAAGGCCGAGGAUGCUCCCGACGUUGUCAACCUUGUCUUUGAGACAAAGACCAGCUCGCGAAUUAGCGAGUACGAUAUCAAGCUCAUGGACAUUGACCAGGAGCACCUUGGUAUCCCCGACACAGACUAUGCUGCGACCAUAUCGAUGCCCUCAGCCGAGUUCCAGCGCAUUUGCAGAGAUUUGGGUGCAUUGUCAGAGUCAGUCUCAAUUGAGUGCUCAAAAGACGGUGUCAAGUUUGCCUGCUCUGGUGACAUCGGCUCCGGCUCUGUCAUCCUCAAGCAAAACCCCAGCUUAGACAAGCCAGGCGAGUCUGUCACGAUCGACAUGACCGAGCCUGUUGCCCUUACUUUCUCGCUCAAGUAUUUGACCAACUUCUGCAAGGCUAGUGGCCUGUCGGAUCAGGUCAAGCUCUGCCUGUCCAGCGAAGUCCCUCUGCUUGUCGAGUAUGGCCUACAAGAGCAAAGCUACCUCAGGUUUUACCUCGCACCCAAGAUUGGUGACGAAGACUAA